GUUGUUGGUAAAUGUUUACAUCAAGCGGCGGUGUUCCAAGCACGUGUGAAGUCGAUACAAGAAAUUGCACCGAAUUUGAAACUUUUUUCCGGAUAUAAAACACUCUUCAACCAUGGUCGCAGGCGUAAAAGUAGCUAAAAAGGCGAAAGUCGCUGUCGCCCCCGCGGAAACGGACAGCGAAAGCGAACUUUCAGCAAACGGGAUGGAAGACGACGACGAUCAGCACCUGUCCGACGAGGAGUUUCCAAUGUCCGCGGAUGAAUACGACGACGACGACGACGGCGCGGAAAAUGACCAGGAAGCGACGGCAUCCAAGUGGGCCCUCACGAUGGCAAAAUAUUUGCGGAAAGGGGGCGACGCCAAGAUUUUGUCCAAAGCCACGAAGGAAGUGGACUUGGAGCGCAAACGAAAAGAGCCGAAACCGAGUUAUCAGUUUGAGGUCGUUGGGGAGGAGGUGGGAACGGCGGCGAAACAGGAAGAUGUGAAGGAGGAGAAGCCGGCGGAUGUGGAGAUUGCCCGGGAGUUGCUGCGACAAAAGGCGCUGAUCAAGAAGGAACGGCUGAAGGAUAUUUUGGGGCUGCGGGUGCGGCCAUCGAUAGGGGAUUAUGAGCGGGAGCGAGCGUUGAAGAAGAUUGCCACCAAGGGAACGGUUCAGCUGUUCAACGCGGUACGGCAGCAGCAAAAGGACGUGAACCAAAAGUUGGCCGACGCUGGCAAGCUGGAGUACAAAAGGGAAAAGGUGCUCAAGAAUUUGAGCAAGAAGGAGUUCCUGAACGCGCUUAUGAACGGACCGCGGGCCAAGUCGGAGCUGGUGGACAAUUUGGUUAAGAAGGAGGAGGACAUGAAGGACGAGGUGAAGUCGGAGGAGGAAUCGGGAGCUAGUGAUGGAGACGACGAACCCAAGUCCACGUGGGGCGCGUUGAGGGCGGACUUUUUGUCCGGGAAGAAAUCCGGUUGGGAUAAGGAGCAAGACGAAGAAAGCGACAAAGGGGGGAACCUUGAGGGCAACAUGGGUGGAGAGAGCUCAGAUUCGGAUUAAAUAAAGAUUGUUUGUAACAUUA